AUGGUCGACGUCGGCGGCAAGGCCGUCACGGCGCGGCGCGCCGUGGCGUCCUGCCGCGUCGUCCUGCCCGCGGGGGCCUGGGACGAGCUGUCGUCGUCGGGCUUCGCGUCGAAGAAGGGCCCGGUCCUGACGACGGCGGUCAUCGCCGGCGUCCAGGGCGCGAAGCGGACGCACGAGCUCGUGCCGUUCUGCCACAGCGUCGCGCUCGACGGCUGCGACGUCGCCUUCGAGGCCGACGACGCCGCGAGGGCCCUGGACAUCACGUGCAGCGUCGCGACGUCGCACCGGACGGGCGUCGAGAUGGAGGCGCUCACCGGGUGCUCGGUGGCCGCGCUCGCGGUCUACGACAUGUGCAAGGCGCUGAGCCACGACAUCGAGAUCACGAACCUGCGGCUCCUGGAGAAGUCCGGCGGCAAGGCCGACUUUAAGCGCGGCUAG